GCCACUCCCUCUCCCCGUCACUCCAGCUAUCUUCGACGAGAACGCCUCGCCUCCUAAUCCCGCCGCGCGUUGUGAUUGGUGGACCCAUCAGGAAACGCUUUUGAAAAGCCUGGCGCACGUCGUUGUCCUUCACUUUGAGUUUUGGCGGCGGAAGUGGUGUUGGGUUUUUUUUCCUCUCUGAGGCGACGAGUUUUCAGAUGCCGAGGCCGGUGAGAGAAAGUGAGGUUUUGGCUGCCUCACUGGUGAACAGUGUGACUCAGGCCCUGGGAAAACUGCAGAAUUUGUGGGAUGAAAUGGGCAUCAGCAGAGAAUUGCAAAUGGAGCGCAUGCAGGCAGCGAAGGGGCGCAUUGAGACUCUUUUGAACGAAAUGAUUGAAGAGGAGAGUAAUAUGAAAGAAAAAAUUCAAAAUGACAUCGAAAUGCAUAAGCAUCAAUUGGAUAUCCUCAGACAUGAACUAAGGCAGGAUCCGUAUAAGUGGGAAGAGGAGUUACUGGUCUUGGAAGAACAGAAGAAAGAACACCUCAAAAAAAUUACUUUGAAAGUCAGAGAAGAACUUGAUACUUACUGGAACAAAUGCUAUUUCUGUGGUGAACAGAGAGCUACAUUUCAACCAUUUUAUAAUGAUAAUUAUUCAGAAGAGUUGUUGAGUCUGCAUGAUGAAGAACUUGUAAAAAUUAGAGCUGUUUAUGAGAAAAACAAAUCUCUGUAUGAAAGUGUUCAGAAAUGGGAAGCUAUCUUAGAAAGAUUUGUUGAACUGGAGAAAAAAUCAGCAGACCCUAGCAGACUUCUAAACAGAGGGGGUAGCUUACUCAGAGAUGAAAAGGAACGAUCAAAGAUUCAAAAACAAUUGUUAAAGUUGGAAGAAGAACUGAAGAGAAAUAUUGAAAACUGGGAGAAGGAAAAUGGCUCAUCCUUCCUGGUUAAUAAUCAGAGGUUUCUUGAUACAAUGGCCCAGCAAUUGCAACAUCACAAACUUAAAAAAGAUCAUCAAUCCAAAAUAUCGGUGAAAAAAGAAGAAUUUGCAGCUUCCAGAAGAACUGUUAAAAAACCUGCAGAAGAGAGUACUCCAACUACUAAUAAAAAGAUGUGUAAGACGCCUUACAAAAGUGUACGUCCAGAACCCCCCAGCCAGCUACCUUUAGAAGACUGCAAAGAAAGCAAACCAACCCAGCAGCCUAGUUAUUCAGAUUUCGUGAAAGAGUUGUUAACGAAGUCAAGCUGCACUGGAAUUAUUUUUAAUUCUACAUUCAAGGAGAACUUUCCUGAAUGAACCAAUCAAUCAUCUCCUCCUGAUAGCUUGACUGAUUGGAUAAAUUGACAUUCAAAAUAUAUUAAAAUAAUAAAUGCUGUCUGUACAGUAAUUAUAUUUUUAUUCUUGUAACUUUUUCUAUAAAAAUCACUUUUGCUAUCUAUGCUUUUGUAUGUAUUAUGAAUAAAACAUCAAACAUGAA